AUAAAAUAGAUAUACACAAAGAAGCAUUCAACAAUUUAAAAAACUUAAAAGCUCUUGAAAUUUCACUCUGCAAUCUAACUCUCACAAAAGAUCACUUUCGAGAUUUAACAAAAUUAAAAUAUCUACACUUGAAUGAUAUGCAUUUAAAUGAUUUCGAAUGGUUACGAUCCGAAACACUUCAAACGAAUUUGGAAUAUUUGCAAAUAAAGUUAAUUACGAUAGCUGUUGGGCUACCUAAUUAUCAAAAUGUUGUGCCAAUUAAUUAUACAGCUAUUCAAAACUUAAAUAGAUUUCAGAAAUUGGGCAUAAUUCAAAUUUCCAAUUCACACCUUUUGGAAUAUAUGCUUAGAAAUGACACUUCCAUUAAAGCUUUCAUUUGCGAAGAAGGUAUUAACAGAUGCGAAUUCGAAGAGGACAUUAACAAUCGCACAUGUCCCAAUGACUGUAAAUGCACACUUGAUCGAGAGGAUAUGCGAUUUAAAAUAGAAUGCAAUACGUCUGAGUACCAUCAGGAAAUUCCUGAGUUACCGAUCCCAAUAAUUGGAAACACUUCUCUGUACUUUAAUAAUGCAAAUCUCACGAAAUUACCAACAUCUAACUUAUACGGAUAUUCCCAAGUAAAGGAAUUGUACUUAGCAAACAACCAACUUUCACAUUUGGCCAUUGAUCAACUUCCGGAAAAUCUAACAUAUUUAGAUAUCCGAAAUAAUAGUCUACAAUCUAUUGAUAAAAGCGUUCUCGAAUUUCUCGCUUAUCGAUCCAGAGUUAUACAAAUUUUAUUAUCGGGCAAUCCAUGGAUCUGUCAUUGCGAAAACGAACAUUUAAUAAUAUUCGUGCAAGACCCUGCCAAUAAAAUCGUGGAUAGAAAAAAUAUACUUUGUGGAGAUGUCAAGAUGGGGCGAAUGACAAAUAUAUUUAUAUCAUCAAUUUGUAAUUCCUUAAAUGACAUGAACAUGAUAAUAAUUGGAGUAUCAUUUGGAAUUAUUGUUGUAAUUAUUAUUGUAAUAUGCGUAAUAACAAUACAUUACAAGCAAUUAAUUUUAAUGUGGCUUUUCGAACGGAAUCUUUGUGUAAGCUGCAUAGCCCAAGCGGAACCCGAUAAUGAUCUAAAAUACGAUGCCUUUCUCGCAUUUUCCCACCAAGAUUUGGAAUUUGUAGAGAUAUAUGUGGAGAAGCUAGAGAGAGGACCCUGUCAAUAUCAAUUAUACUUUUAUCAUCGCGACUGGUUGAUAGGCGAGUGCAUUCCCGAUUGCAUAUUGAGAUCCAUCGAAGACUCCAAACGAAUAAUAAUCUUGUUAACGGAGAAUUUUAUGAAGUCUUCAUGGGGUCGAUUUGAGUUUCGCUGUGCCAUUCAAGCCACAUCGACUAAUAAAUACAAACGACUGAUUGUUAUAGUGUACCCUGGAAUUGAUUUUAAUGAUCUGGAUAUUGAGUUGAGGAACUACAUGAAAUUCAACACGUAUCUGACGAGAGAUGAUCCACAAUUCUGGAGAAAGCUAAUGUUCGGUAUGCCUCAUAAGGAACAGACAGUUCAUACGUGUGAAGAAAGCAGUUUAUAAAACAACAAAAAUUUAAUUUCGCUAAGAUUCCCAAUAUAUAUAUUUCGUAUGCAUAUAAUUUUCUAGUUUAAUUAAGAAAGUAUUAAUGUUUAGCAAUCCAAAAAGGUUUAUCUAGCCAGUUAAAAGGGAUAAAUAAAAUAAUGUAAACUUUUAUUAUACACACAUCAUAUAAAAUAAUUAUAAUCUAUA